GGAGCUGGAUUGCCAAAUGGGAUAAGGCACAGACAUGGAACCAAAUAAUUGAGUUGUAUUGAACAAAAGGAAAAAAAAGAACCAAACAACCAAACAACCGCGUUCGUCAACCUGAAACAUGAGUCACAAUCCUGUUUUCUGAGGACCUGAACCUGCAAAUAGAAAGAAGACAGAAAAAAGCAGAGAUUUUUUCCCCUGUUCUUUUUGUGUGCGACAAAUUUUUCUCAGGUUGUCUACACUGGAAACCUAACUCCAAGUCGGAUUGAUUGGUUUCAUUUUUGAAGGUGAGAUAGGUAAGGUAAGGUUAGGAAGAGGUUCAUUUGAAUCCUAUUUAAGAACAUGAGUCUUAUAUUCUCUCUAGUUUUGUAUCCCUAAGCCUGAGCCUGAGCCUGAGCCUGAGCCUGUCCAUCUCUCUGCAUUUAAAGCUACCUUUUCUAAUUAUGACUGAAUGCAGAGAAGAGUUAAGAUGAUUGCCAUCUUCUCUUAAGGAACCCAAUGACCAAAUGAACCAACCCAUUGUCCUUUCAAAUUCAAUAAGCUUUAGCAUGUAUGCCUUUUGCAAUGAGAAGGAUUGCCCUUUCAUCGACAGCUUCUAGCUGUCUUCUGUUCACUCAAAGUCAGAUAAUUUAUUUGCCUUUGGAUUUCCAGGUGGUGCGGUGAGGGUUUUUAUCUAUCGUCUAUCCACUAAGGACUUGUUUCUUCCUUUUUUCCUUUUCUCUCAAAGAAAAAAUGGGUUUUAUCAGGUGUCUAAAUUCUGCGAACCUACCCCAAUUCUGUUAUUGAUUCUUCUUCUUUGCUUAAACUUCUCAAAUAUCUUGUUAUGGAGUCUUCCCAAAAUGUUGGAGUUUCAGAAGAAUGUCACAGCAGUGAAUCUGGUUGGACCAUGUAUAUUGGAUCUCCUGUAGAUGAUUCCAGUGAUGGUGAUGAAGAUAACGAUGUAGAAUAUGGAAAGAAUAGAGUUUUUCAUGCAAAUCACCAAGAUGAUAGUGAUGACUCCAUGGCUUCUGAUGCUUCUUCAGGCCCAAGCCAUCAACCAGAUCACCCUUUUGGAGGACAUGGGAGCAUGAAACACCAGAAGCCAUUAAUGGAGAAGCACAGAGCUGAGAGGAAGGAAGUGAAAGAGAAGCUGGUUUUGGUGGGGCAAAAACCAAAGAGUUCGGCCCAGAGUAGCUCAAAGGUAAGAAAGAGCAUUUGGAUGGGCAAAAGAAACUAGCCAACCUGCCUUUCUCCUCUUCUUCUUCUUCUUCUUCUUCUUCUUCUUCUUCUUCUUCUUGUCUUGUUCUCUGGUUUUUCCUUUAUGCUUUCUUGUAGGCUGAAACUGAACUGAAAAAUAUGAGUUGUGUAUCCUUUAC